AUGCCGGAGGAGGACUUGGUGGAGCUCAAGUUCCGUUUGUACGAUGGAUCAGACAUCGGUCCUUUCCGAUACUCGCCGGCUUCUACCGUUGCUAUGCUCAAGGAACGUGUCCUCUCCGAGUGGCCUAAAGAUAAGAAAAUCGCGCCUAAGUCCGCUAAUGAUGUCAAAUUGAUAUGUGCCGGGAAAAUACUGGAAAACAACAUGACUGUUGGCCAGUGCAAGAUGCCUUUUGGAGACUUACCCAAUGGCGGAAUCACAAUGCAUGCUGUUGUUCAGCCAUCUUUAACUAAAGCAAGGACAGAGGGAGUACUUUUGAAUGAUGAUGGCGUAGGAGUACCCGUUAGAUUUAUAGCAACUUCUGAGGAUAUUGUGCCAGCUUCACGUGAACCCCUUUUGAAGACUGAAUUGGAGUGA